AUGUAUUCUUUUUUGUUCUUUCCAGUAUUUCUUCUAGUUUUAUUGGUGACAACAUGUACUCCCACUAAUCCAUCAGUGGAAUGGAAACAAGACUGGAGCGGUGAGUUACCAAUGGGUGGAACUGGAAUGCAUAGAGGUUGGGUUGGGUUUGGCUCUGAUCAUGAUGGUGGAAAGUAUGUGGAAAAUGGAUGGCAAAAUUCAUGGCAGUCUGGAAAUAGUGGUGGGAAUUCUGCUUCAAAUAAGAAACAAACCUUAGAUGACAAAUGGGACACAGCAGACAAAGGCAAAUGGUUAUGGGGUAAUGGUGGAAGUCGUAGUUGGGGUAAAUGGGGCAUGGGUACGGGAAAACAUGAUAAAAAUGGGCAAUGUUGUUACGGUAUUGAUUUUGGGGAUGAUUUGAGUAUUGGUAUGGGUAUGGGACCAGAAAGCAGUUACAUUUCCUGGGGUAAUAUCAAUACAAAUAGCUGGAAGAACAGUGGAGGUGGAGAAGGUUGGCGCAAAUGGGAAGCCAAUGGUAAUGAGCCAGGUAAUGGUGGUCGAGAACGAGGUGAAUGGAAGAGUUGGAAAAGUGGCUCAGGUGGUGGAAACUGGGAUAGCUGGAAGAAUAGCAACAAGCCAAUAAGUGCUAAAGCAGAAGCUCAUGCAUCUGCUUCGAUUGAUCCUUAG